CAACAACUAUAUUCCCUCCUUGUCUCUUCCCCUUGAUCCGAUCAGGUGGAUAGUUCACGCCAACACUGCCUUACCUCUGCAGUGCAGGCACCCGCUUCGGUAUCAACGACAAUAUUCCCGGGUCGCGAUCGCACUGCUACGAGCUCUCCCACAGCGAGUCUUCGGUUCUAAACUCUCGGUUCUCCCCUCAGCUUCUUCACCAUGCCUCCCAAAGGCUCAUCCACCGCCAUAAACCCAAUCAGACUACAAACGGUGUCCCGGAUAAAGAUCAGACACCCGGACAAGGCAGAGCCGAAUCCGUGCUUAGGACCCAUGAGCGCCAUGUUGAACUGCUGGGCCGCCGGAGCUGCCUCUGGAGACUGUGGACACCUUGAAAAGGCUCUACGGGACUGUGUAGAUGCGCCGAAAGGACCCAAGAAGGACAAAUCUCCAAUCAACCAUCACCUUGCCCGUCUCUUUCCGAAUAUCGCUGGUCCCAGAAAGCGGAGGACGUGAUUCACCAAGUUUAUCCUGUAUCAUAUUUCGAGGUGGACCCUCUCCCGCGCCAAAAAAAAACCUGGGAGCUGGAGCGCUGUAAGCAAAGCUCGAGACUAAGUUCACGAAGACUGUGGGAGGGGGGGGGAGAGAGACACACACCCAAAGGGCAAAUUUCAAUCUCAAAGAUGUGACAGCUGCUGGGAUGACCCGAAAGAACUUGUGAGCUCUUCACUCUCGAUGACGACUCGCCGCCGGGAGAAUGAAUCACUCCUCUCGUGACGAGGAAUGAGACUCAGGGGCCAUUCUUCAAGGCACGAGAUACUCGGUAAGGAGAGCUCAACCCGUCGAGAGACAUUGCAACAAAACCAAUUCAUCAUCUCGAGAGAGUUUCCGGGAGUGAUGUGAAUUGAUAUUCGGUAAGGAGCCGGAGGAUGCUCCAAUGUCGAAUGUGAUGGUACCACGGGGGGGAAGGGGGAUGAACUUUCAAAGUCUGUAUAUGUUGCGCGCGCAUACUCCGUCUCAGCAAAACACAUUGUGUAACUGGUAUCAUCAUGGAACAUUGCACAUGGCCUUGGAACACAAACAACCCCCAUGAACCCUUUCAGUAUUUGUCCGACCCAGUCACCCGGUACGGAGGAGUAUUCGCCACGGACAGAGUGUUGUGUAUAUAUAUAUCAUGUCUUAUUAUAUUACACCUGGGGAAAUUGCAUGUCCACCACAGAUGUACCCAUAUAAGAUAUCUAUACUGAAAUGUGAAAUCCUUUCGAUACCAG